AUGGCCCGUCAGAGCCAGAUCCGUCGGCGUUCCCCUCUCCUGGCCGCCCUGGCGACCGGCCUUGUGUGGGGAUCUUGCCAAUGGACUUUCGCCAGCCCAUCAGCCGGUGUUCAGCAUGAGAGCUCGACCGCCUUGACGAGAUCUUCUGGGGCAAGGACAGCUUGGGCGACGGGAAGCCUGCCCCGUGACCAUUCCUCCGUUACAACGGCAGCAGCAGCCGCGGCAGCCCCCAACUUCUUCAGCAAGGUUUUUGCUGCCGGUGCUCAGGGCGCCACAGCCGCAUUCGUGGCGGCAAUUCUCUCUGCCAUUUGCGAGCCGCUCGUGAACCGCCUGUUGGUGAAGCGAAUGACGAUCUCCGAGGCGUUGAAGGAGAUGAACUUCAAGCUCAUCUCCAACUUCUUCCUGACUACCUUCCCCACGAACAUGUUGAAGUUCCCUGUCUUCGAGAUCAUCAACAUGGCCAUGACCUUCACUGCCUUCAGCCCUGGCAUGAGCGGCACCAUUAGCGGAUUCCUGUUCUGCACUGCCAUGCUGCCAGUGACGAACUACCGCUUCCGCAAGAGCAUGGGAUGGGAGAUCAAGCCGGCACUGUUGUACCAGGCCUACGUGCCCACCGUUGUGCGCGACAUCCUGUACGGUUGGGCGCGUGGCUUCGUGGCGGUCGCCCUGUCAGCAGUGUGGAAGCCCCAGACAUUCGUGCAGGAGGCCAGGCUCGUCUGUGGUGAUGUUUGCCUGGCACGGCUGGGCUUUGUUUCUCGGGAGGCCUUCGUGUUCGCCUUCGUGAUCUGGGCAGCAUGUAGCCUGACAGCAAGAUCAGAGAAGACGGGAUGGCAGACGGAGUCGAUGGCAGGGGCAUGGGGCAUCAUCUCCUCGCCCUGCAACGAGUGGCGUGGAUACACUCUGCAGCCCAAGGACAAGAAGCUGUCCUUCGGUGAGUAUUUCAAGCCCAUCAACUAUGCUCGUUCCACGGGCAUUGGUGCAACCAUCAUGGGCAUUUCGCUCUUCGUUGGCCGCCUGGUCACCCCCUUCGCGGAGACCGCCUUCGCGUACCUGAAGGGACACCCCGUCGCCGGAGUGGCUGCCCUGGCCAUCCUGGUGGGAGGCUUCAAGCUGAUCGCCGGAGGGGAGGAGGAGAAGGAGGAGGAGAAGUAA